AUGGAAUUCCAGUUCUCGGCCACACGCCCCAGCGUAGACUUUCCGCGCUCGCCGACCCUCGUCGAUGUUCCGUGUCAAUACACCUAUUUGACAGGAGAGAUGACGACCGACCGCCGCGCGCGUUCAGAACGCAUCCCCUCCGCAACGUACAGUAUACACAGUCGGAGCAGGAGCAGGACCCGUAGCCGGGAACCGUCGGCCGUCUCGGUCCCCGCAGGGUCCAUGUCUGGGUUGGGGGCAACCAGGCUCGUGGCACGUAUUCAAGCCCUGUUGAACCCGCGAGAACCAGAUCAGUUCUCUUCCAGUCAUUCCCCAGCACACCAACCCCCUCGUCGUUCUCGCUUUUUCACCAACAUGUCUCGCCGCUCCUGGUUUGUCAAGGAAGACAAGACCGUCGUGGUCGACGCCAACGCCCUCAGCGGCGCCAAUGCCUCCGACAGCUCGCGGACCGACGCACCCGCCGUCGUCGUUAACACCACCACCGUCAGGACCGUCAAACCCCUUGACGGCCCCACCAUCACCCUCACUGCCGACCAGCUGCUGAGGGUCAACGUCCCUUCGGGCGAACCCCCCAAGUCGGGCAGCAACCCCGGCACGCCUACGCUGAGCCGCUCGACCUCGCGCGUAUACCAGGUCAAUGCUGCCGACUUUGGCAAGGUCAACCAGACCCAGUCGUAA